AUGCGGCGCGGCCCGCAUGUGGGGUCACGGCUCUGCAGCGGAGUGAAACUGUGGGUCGCGGCGCACGCACAGAAACACCUCUGUGCGUCGACGUCUUCAUCGGGGGAAGAGGCGGCAGCGGCGGCGGCGGCGUGUGGAAAGGGCACCAGGAGCCAGGGCGGCGGCUGCCAUGGCAACCGUGAAGGCGCGGCGGGCAGUUCUUCCAACGGGACGGGCUGGAAAACAACCGCCGCAACUGCAGAUGAGCGCCGCCGCAUCGCAAAGGGCUGGGAGAACGCCUUCUUUGGCCGCGUGCACUACGAACCUGGGAUGCAUGAAAAGUACCAAGCCGCCGUGGAAAUGGAAGGGGAGGAGACGGGAUUGAUGCGGAAGGACAAUCGUGAUUUAUUCCCGCACUGGCCGGAAGAUGAGGAGGCCCCCUUGCAUGAAUUCCGCCGUCUGCCGGAUGCGCUGAAGCGGCGCUACAUCGUCAACCGACUGACGAUGGGGGAGCGGCGGAUCACGUACGCGGCGGACUACGGCGGCCUGCUCAUGAUGCAGCACCUCAACCUCGGAGAGAUGAUGAUCAACGAGGCGGAGCGGCUUAUUGUGGAGUGCGGCUGGUGCAACGACGCCGUCGCAGCCAAAAUUGAGGCCGUACGCGAGUGUGCGGCGAGGACGAAGUUUGAGUUUGACCUUGAUUGA